AUGAUAAGUGAGGAAUCGGCGGCAUUCCCAGACGACUUUGAUACGCAAAGCCAUGCAAGUUCCCGCGGCCCCGAUAGCACACACACAGGCGACCCCGCGAAUGGCCCCGACCACGGCGGGCAAGAUGACCACCACCACUUCAAUCAAAAUGACAGCGGUGAAGCCCUUGACUCGGCACACGCCGAUAAUGACAAUGAUGACAAGCCGGUCUGGAGUGAAAUGAAGACCAAGGCGGGCAAAGAAAGGAAGAGGCUGCCGCUAGCCUGCAUUGCCUGCCGCAGGAAGAAGAUCCGAUGUUCAGGCGAGAAGCCCGCUUGCAAGCACUGUACUCGCUCGAGGAUCCCUUGCGUAUAUAAAGUGACCACAAGGAAAGCGGCGCCGCGAACAGAUUACAUGGCUAUGCUGGACAAGCGACUCAAGCGAAUGGAAGAUCGCGUGAUCAAGACUAUUCCUAAAGACGAGGCGAGAGAUAUGGUUUCAAUCGGCAGGUCAAUAGUGAAGCCCUCUCAAGCCCAACCGACCAAGGCGCAGAAGAAACGAAGUGCAGAGGAGGCAUUUGCCGCGGAACUGGACGAUUGGACUCGAGGAGGCCGUCGACCGCCCCAUGAAACGCUCCCAAUGAAUCGCGAAAUCAAGUCAACCGAUGGCACGGGGCUUUUGACCGAAGGCGCGGAGUUCUUACCUUCAUUGGAGAUACAGGAACAUUUAGCUGAAGUCUUCUUCGACUGUGUUUAUGGGCAGUCGUACCUCCUGUUACACAAACCGAGCUUCAUGCGCCGGCUCAAGGCUGGCACAGUUCCCCCUGUCCUCAUUCUCGCCGUCUGCGCUGUAUCGACCCGAUUCUCCACACAUCCACAGCUUAACUCCGAUCCUCCGUUCUUGCGUGGAGAGAACUGGGCCAAUCCCGCCGCGGCGAUUGCUCUUAGUCGACACGACGAGCCCAAUAUCACUAUUCUUACUGUUUUCUUACUUCUUGGACUUCAUGAGUUUGGCACGUGCCACGGUGGAAGAAGCUGGUCCUUCGGAGGUCAGGCAUUAAGGAUGGCAUACGCCUUACAGCUCCACCAAGAACUCGAGCAGGAUCCAUUGGCAGGUCAAAAUAAAACAAAGUCGCAGUUGAGCUUCACAGAUCGAGAAAUCCGACGGCGAACCAUGUGGGCAUGUUACUUGAUGGACCGAUACAACUCGUCGGGAAGCCAGCGUCCACCUAUUGGAAACGAGAAGUUCCUUCACAUUCAACUUCCAAUUAAAGAGACCCACUUUCAAAUGGAGAUACCAGGGCCUACGGAAGACUUGGACGGGAAUAUUCCCAAUCCUACUCCAGAAAAUCUCGGCCAAUUAUCCAAUGCCAGGGAUAACAUGGGAGUAUCAGCGUAUAUCAUUCGCGCCAUCGUCAUCUGGGGUCGUAUUGUCGACUAUCUGAACCUUGGGGGUAAACGAAAGGACCCUCACCCUCUUUGGCACCCGGAUUCUGAAUAUACGCGUAUGAAGCGACAAAUCGAUGAAUUCUCGGCCUCAUUACCAAACUCCCUUGUAUUCACCUACGAGAAUCUCCAGAUCCACGCCGCGGAGAAAAUUGCAAAUCAAUUCCUAUUCCUUCACAUCAUCAUUCAUCAGAAUACGCUAUUCCUGAACCAGUUCGCCAUUCCCCUCUCGCCUGGAGGGCGACCUCCCAGGGACAUGCCUAAGCCGUUCCUCAGCAACGCCGGUCGAGCUGCGGUGGAGGCUGCCCAUAACAUCUCCGUGCUCUUCGAUCGGGCCUCCGCCUAUCCUCUUACAGUACCCUUUGCUGGCUAUUGUGCCUAUACAGCUAGCACAGUUCAUAUCUGGGGUAUCUUCUCCAAAAAUGUGCAGUUGGAGGCUCGAUCCAAAGAGAAUCUCCGACAUACGUACCGCUACCUCAACAAGAUGAAGAAGUAUUGGGGCAUGUUUCAUUACAUGGUUGAAAGCGCCAAGGAUAGGUAUAGGCAAUUUGCCGAUGCAGCCAUCAAAGGAUCUGUGGCGAACCAAAAUGGCACCACGCUGGCCCCGAUGUUCCAGUACGGUGACUGGUUUGACAAGUAUCCUCACGGUGUGUCCCGACUACACUGGGAAGACCCAGACACCCGACACAAAGAGACUGGCGAUGAUGCUGUCAUGGGACAAAAGCCCGACCUCCAGAGUGUCGAAGACUUCUUCGCCGGCCUAUCCCCAACACCACAGCCAGCCGUCCCUCGCAGGUCACGCUCGCGCAAAGGCAGCAAGCUCUCCGACAGCACUCCCGGCAUGGACCAAACCUCUCCAUCGCAAAUGGACAUAACAAUGGCAAACACCCCGGGCGUCCCCGGCAGCGCGUUCCCCCAACCCUCAAUGUUUUCUCAGUCGCGCUCUAUGCCCUUCGGUCAGCCCCCUUUUGAUUUCAGCAUUUCACCGGAUCAGCUACCCCAGCUCGACCGCCAAUUUGUUUACGGCUCAAUCAGCGAAUUCGAUCCGAACACCUUUCUCCCAAACAAUCCUCCUAUGGACCCCACCAAUGGCGUCGAGCAGAGUCCCGACCAAUCCCUCUUCACUGGUCAACCAGAUCCGGGCGCACCGGCUGGAGCGGGCGAGUUCUACCAGCCAAGCGCAUGGUUCUUACCCUUCAACCUUGACCCAGUCGGAGUAGCAAACCCACCCCUCGAUCCAGCCUCAGGCGGUCAACCACCCUCAGGCCCAACCCCAGGCUCUGUCCCAGAUGUAGGUAGUGAUGAUAUUCCGGGCUUUGGCGGGCCACUCAGUGCCUUUGAGCUGGGCAUUGGGCCCGGCAUGAGCCAGGACUCUCGACGAUAG